CCGAAUUGAAACGCACAACUUUCAAUGCAUUUCCUUUGGUUCCAAUAACAAUGCAAUCAGUUUGGCUAUAUUCUGACAUUACAAAAUAAUCGAUCUAUUAGCUGAAAUAAAUAUCUUUAGAUUAGGAUACUACAAAUUAAUAAACGUGAAUAUUCAUCCACACAUUCAAGCUGGCAUCGCGACGUGUAAUUUUAUUUGGAAUCCAAUAUUAUUCACCAUUGCUUCAUCGUGCGACAGUGAAUAGUAACAACCACGGCGGCGGGCUGCGUCGUAUCUCAGGCAUGUCGACGCACUUCGCGCCGAAGGGGGGCAGCUCGAGCCCCCGCGAGUCGCCGGGGCCCCGCGAGCCGGCGGGCCCCGGCGGGGGCGCCGCCAUACCGGGCGUCGUCAAGAGAUACAACGACAUAGCCAAGAGUCCGGAGGACAAGCGCGAGUAUAGAGGAUUAGAAUUAAAGAAUCGUCUGAAGGUGCUUCUGGUUAGCGACGGUGCUACAGACAAGUCUGCUGCCGCCCUCGACGUUAACGUUGGUUACCUGAGUGACCCGGACGACUUGCCGGGACUCGCGCACUUCUGUGAACACAUGCUGUUCCUGGGGACCAAGAAGUAUCCAGAGGAGAACGAAUACAACAAGUUUCUAUCCGAACACGGCGGCGGUUCAAACGCGAGCACCUCCUCAGACCACACCACUUACUACUUCGACGUACUGCCCGAGCAUCUACCGAAAGCAUUGGACAUUUUCGCCCAGUUCUUCAUCACGCCCCUGUUCACGGAGUCGGCGACCGGGCGCGAGCUGUCCGCCGUCAACUCGGAGCACGAGAAGAACAUCUCCAGCGACACGUGGCGCCUGGACCAGCUCAACAAGAGCACAGCCUCGCCUGAACAUCCCUUCCACAAGUUUGGCACAGGCAACAGGGAGACCUUGGAGACGAUACCUAAGUCCAAAGGUAUAGAUGUGCGCAUGAGGCUGCUGGAGUUCCACAAGAAGUGGUACUCGUCCAACAUCAUGACCCUGGUCGUGUUGGGGAAAGAGUCCCUAGACGAGCUGGAGGCCAUGGUGGUCCCGCUGUUCUCGGCGGUGGAGGACCGCGGCGCGGAGUCCCCGAGCUGGCCGGUGCACCCGUUCCCGCCCGCGCUGCGCCGCAAGCGCGCCUACUGCAUGCCCAUCAAGGACCUCAGGUCCCUCUCCAUCGACUUCCCCAUACCCGACACCAGGAAACACUACAAGAGUGGGCCCGGACACUAUCUCUCACACCUUCUCGGACACGAGGGUCCCGGCAGUCUGCUGUCCGUGCUUAAGGAGAGGGGCUGGUGUAACAGCUUAGUGGGCGGCACUCGUAUCGGCGCGCGCGGGUUCGGUUUCUUCGGAGUGCAGGUGGACCUCACCGAGGAGGGAGUGGGCCAUGUCGACGAUAUAGUUAAACUUGUGUUUCAGUACAUAGCGAUGCUGCGAGCUGAGGGUCCGAAGAAGUGGGUGUGGGAGGAGCAGCGCGACCUCAUGGCGCUGGAGUUCAUGUUCAAAGAUGCACAGGAACCGAGGAGUCUGGUCGUCGGACAUGUGCAUCUGUUGCAGGAGUUUCCUAUGGAGGAUGUAUUGAGCGCGUACUACCUGAUGACGGAGUGGAAACCAGAACUGAUCGACUACCUGCUAACUCUGCUGACCCCGGAAAACGUUCGCAUCGGUAUUGUUGCCAAGGGUUGCUCCGACAAGUGUACGAUGACGGAACCAUGGUACGGAACCAAAUAUCUGCAGGAGGAUAUAGAAGUUGACAAAAUUAAUGAAUGGAAAUCAGUGACCCCCACACCGGAGUUACACUUGCCCCCGGUGAACGAGUUCAUCCCCUCUCGCCUCACCCUCGAUACCUCGGAGGACGUUACCACGGACGCUAUUGCCCCGGUCAUCGCCAAGGAUACACCACUGAUGCGGCUCUGGUUCAAGAAAGACAAAGAGUUCAGUUUGCCGAAAGCUGUCAUGACCUUCGAUAUUGUCAGUCCGCUGGCCUACUCCGACCCCCUCAGCUGCAACCUGACCUCAGUGUGGGUGCUGCUGCUGCGGGACAGCCUGCAGCAGUUCGCGUACGCGGCGGAGCUGGCCGGCCUGCGCUGGAGCAUCGGCAACGCCAAGCAUGGCAUCAGCGUGACCAUAGACGGCUACGAUGACAAGCAGAGCGUGCUACUGGAUAAGAUCAUAGACAAGAUGGUGAACUUCAAGGCUGACCCCAAGAGGUUUCAUAUCAUGAUGGAAAACCAUGUCAGAGCUAUCAAGAACUUUGAAGCUGAACAGCCUUAUCAGCACGCCGUAUACCAACAAGCACUCUGCCUAUCGGACGUUGUGUGGACCAGAUGUCAACUGCUGGAGGCGGCUAAAGGCAUGACACCGGAAGCCCUGGACGACUUCGCCUCCAAGCUGAUCAGGAAGGUGCACGUGGAAGGCUUCAUGUUUGGUAACCUCAGCCGCGAGAGGGCGCUCGAGAUAGCAGACAGCGUCGAGAAGAAAUUACCAAAAGAUGGGACCCCCCUGUUUGCGCAGCAACUUUUAUUGCACAGAGAAAUUGAAAUUGAGAAAGGCGCGUGGCACGUGCGCGAGGUGAGCAACAGCGUGCACCGCUCGUCGUGCGCGUCGCUGUACUACUCGUGCGGCGUGCGACACACGCGCGCCAACGUCGCGCUCGAGCUGCUCGCGCACACGCUCUCCGAGCCCUGCUUCAACCAGCUCAGGACCAAGGAACAACUCGGCUAUAUAGUCUUCAGCGGUGUUCGUCGCUCGAACGGCGUCCAAGGGUUCAGAGUGAUCGUGCAGAGCGACCGGCAUCCAGAAUACCUCGAAGACAGGAUAGAGAGCUUCCUGAGGGGGGCGCUGGAAUACCUCGAGAAGAUGACAGACGAGGAGUUCCUGAAGCACCGAGCUGCCUUAGCCGCCCAGAAGUUGGAGAAACCCAAGAGGAUGUCGAGCAAGGCGUCACAGAUGUGGGGAGAGAUCACCAUGCAGGUAUACAACUUCGACCGGCCUCGCGUCGAGGUAGAACAGCUCAACACCAUAACCAAAGCUGAACUUAUAGACUUUUAUAAGAAACACAUAAGCGCGGACUCAGCCGACAGACAGAAGAUAUCCGUGUACGUGAUAUCGAUGGCGGAGGGUGGCGCCGGGCGGGAGAGCGGCAGCACGGCGGAGAGCUGUCCCCAGGACAGGACGGAGGAGAAGCAGGAACCCAAGGACAGCAGACAGCCCACGAAAAUCAUCGACCUAGUAGACUUCAAAUGCCAUCGCAGCCUCUAUCCGCAACCGACACCUCACGUUAACAUACCGCGGAAAGGCGCUCAUUGCAAACUUUGAAUAUUAAACACCAUCUUAACAUAUAUAGGAAAUAUAGUUGUAAAAUAUAACCUUAAUUAAGGUUGUAAUACUUGUGAAAAAGUAGUUUAUUCCCGGUUUGGACUUGAGCGGUAUUUGCUACCGGCUGCGGUAGGUAAUACCUUAGUAUAUGCGGUAUAGGCAGUACCGUAUUAUCCAUAAGGCACUUUAGGCCAGUGCCUAGGGGCCCACUAUGACCAAGGCCCACCACCAAAGUAGGCAUCU